ACACCAUCUCUGACAGAGCUGAGGCAAAUUCUCUGGAUGAACAGGAAGCCAGUGGCACCUUUCAAUCAAGUCUGGCCAAACCUGUACAUUGGAGAUGAGUCUGUGGCACGAGAUAAAAGCACCCUCUCAUCUCUGGGUGUAACUCAUAUACUGAAUGCCGCAGCGGGUCGACACCGCAUCAACACAGGUCAGGAGUUCUAUAGUGACCUUGAAGUGGAAUACCAUGGCAUUGAAGCUGCAGACCACCCUGAGUUUAACCUUCGACCUUUCUUCACCUGUGCUGCACAGUUCAUAAACAGUGCUCUAAAGAAAAAUGGCAGGGUGUUUGUUCACUGUGCCAUGGGCGUCAGUCGCUCUGGAGCACUGGUUUUGGCGUAUCUGAUGAUCAGCCAGGGCCUGUCUUUAGUAGAUGCCAUCAUCGCUGUGCGUCUGAACCGAGACAUUGGACCCAACUCUGGAUUUCUGGAGCAGCUCAGACAGCUGGAGCUGAGCCUUAGUCCACAGCGCAGACAGAUCUCAGAGGAGGAACACACUGACACAUCCUCAUAAUGGACACAGAAACAUGCCAUUCCCCAUUGUCAGGCACCUGUUUUAUUUAAAUCCACAUUUCCUCUCAUAAUAAUUUA